AUGGCUCAAGACUCCCAAUACCGCGAACCUAUCGCUAUCAUCGGCUCAUCAUGCCGAUUUCCAGGCUCGUCUUCCUCUCCAUCCAAGCUUUGGGACCUCCUCCAUCAGCCCCGCGAUGUCAUCAAGACCUUCGACGCUGAAAGGCUCAACCUCGCGAGAUUCUACCACGAAAAUGGUGACACCCACGGUUCCACAGAUGUAGCCGCCAAGUCAUACCUUCUCGAGGAGGACAACAGGCUCUUCGACACCAGCUUCUUCGGUAUCUCUCCCAUGGAGGCAGCGGGUAUGGACCCCCAGCAGAGGAUCCUUCUCGAAACUGUAUACGAGGCUUUCGAAGCAGCUGGUCUCACACUCGAACAAUUGAGGGGAUCUCUUACUUCUGUUCAUGUUGGUGUCAUGACAUCCGACUGGGCAAAUAUCCAAGCUCGCGACACAGAAACAAUCUCCAAAUACAACGCCACAGGAUCGGCAAACAGUAUCAUGUCGAACCGCAUUUCCUACGUCUUCGAUCUUAAAGGCCCCUCUGAGACAAUCGACACAGCAUGCUCAAGCUCUCUUGUCGCCGUUCACAAUGCGGCAUUGGGUCUUCUCAACGGCGACAGCGACACAGCCGUCGUAGCUGGCGUCAAUCUCAUCCUUGACCCAGCACCAUACAUCAACGAGUCAAAGUUACACAUGCUCUCCCCCGACUCGAGGUCUAGAAUGUGGGACAAGGCCGCCAACGGUUACGCCCGUGGUGAAGGCGCUGGCGCAGUUCUUCUCAAGACACUCAGUCAGGCUCUCAAAGACGGCGAUGACAUUGAGGGUGUCAUUCGUGCUACUGGUGUUAACUCUGAUGGUCAAAGUCCCGGUAUCACUAUGCCAUUUGCUCCCACUCAGACAGCAUUAAUUCGAAAGACGUAUGCUCGCGCGGGUUUAGAUCCCAAGAAGGAUCGUCCUCAGUACUUUGAGUGUCACGGUACAGGAACACCAGCUGGAGACCCUGUGGAAGCACGCGCUAUCAGCGACGCUUUUACUGGAGGUGACAUGUCUGUCGAGAACCCGCUAUACGUUGGAUCUAUCAAGACUGUCAUUGGUCAUCUCGAAGGAGGCGCUGGUCUUGCUGGUGUUCUCAAAGUCCUCCUCGCUUUGAAGCAUCGAGUUAUUCCUCCGAACUUGCUGUUCAAUGAGCUCAAUCCUUCUGUCGCGCCCUUUUAUGGGCCUCUUCAAAUUCCUACCACUGCUAUUCCUUGGCCUGAACUACCUGAUGGUGUCCCCGCUCGCGCGAGUGUCAACAGCUUUGGAUUUGGCGGCACGAAUGCUCAUGUCAUCAUUGAGAGUUAUGAAGACACUCCUGAUGAGCCGUCUCUCCAUGAGAACGAGGGUAUCCUUGGUCCUCUUGUUCUCUCUGCGAAGUCAGGUGCAUCUUUACUUCGAACAGUUGAGACGUACAGAAACCACACCCAGUCCAACCCUACUCUUGACAUCGCUGCUCUCAGCGCAGUCCUACAAGAGAGGCGCUCAACGCAUCGUGUCAGGGCUCACUUCUCUGGAUCUUCGCGCGAGGCUAUUAUGUCUGACAUGGAAGAGUUCCUCUCCAAGUAUGGCAAGGCCACGGGUGACAACAUCGGCCAUGUCCCCAAACUUGUCAAUCCCCGCGAGAGAUCGGGUAUACUUGGUGUCUUCACUGGACAAGGCGCGCAAUGGCCUGCAAUGGGCCGCGAGCUUAUCCACUCUUCGCCUAUCUUCAGACGCACUAUCGAAGAGUGCGAAGAUGUUCUGGCUGACCUUCCCGAGAAGAACCGACCCCAGUGGUCCCUUAUAAAGGAGCUUACUGCCGAUGCUUCCACCUCUCGCGUCGCCGAGGCAGCUAUUUCACAGCCCCUCUGUACAGCUGUUCAAUUGGCGCUUCUGAGCCUUCUCACCGUAUCCGGCAUUAAGUUCGACGCCGUCGUUGGCCAUUCUUCUGGUGAGAUCGGCGCCACGUACGCAGCUGGCAUCAUCUCCCUCAAGGGCGCAAUGCAGAUUUCCUACUACCGUGGUCUCCAUGCUAAGCUCGCCUCUGGAACCGAUGGCAAGCGAGGUGGCAUGAUGGCGGCCGGUCUGUCACCAAUGCAAGCUCGAGAGUUUAUCGCAAGACCCGACUUCAAGGGUCGUAUCGGCAUCGCUGCGUGCAACGCUCCUCGUACCGUUACACUAUCCGGGGAUCUUGAUGCUAUUGCUGAGGCGAAGCUUGUUCUUGACAAGGACAACGUCUUUGCGCGUGAGCUCAAGGUUGACACGGCUUAUCACUCGCAUCAUAUGCUUCCUUGCGCUGAGCCAUACUUGCAAGAUCUUUUAGCCUGUGACAUUGAGGUCAAGCAACCUCAGCAGGGACAAUGUGUGUGGAACUCUAGUGUCCGUGGCGACACUCAACUCCUGCGUGGUGAUCUCACUAGCCUCAAAGGUCAGUACUGGGUGGAUAACAUGGUCCGAACUGUUCUGUUCUCACAAGCCAUCGAAUCAUCGAUCUGGCACGGCGGUCCUUACGAUCUCAUUGUUGAAGUCGGUCCUCAUCCGGCAUUAAAGGGCCCAGCGGAACAAGUCAUGAAAGCAUCUUAUGGUUCAGUUCCAGUCUAUACUGGAGUCCUCGACCGCAAGAAGACAGCCAUUGAUUCGUUCUCUGCUGCUAUCGGCCUGACUUGGGCUCAACUGGGCCCUGGAUUCGUCGACUUCACCAACUACCGCAACGCCUUCUACAAGUCCAACACAUCCCCUCCUGUGAGAAUGAUCAAAGACCUUCCUACUUACUCCUGGGAUCAUGACAAAGUCUACUGGCGUGAGGGUCGCAUGUCUCGUCGCUUCCGUCUAGGCAAAGACACAAGCCAUGAACUCCUGGGUCGUCGAACUCUAGAUGACAAUGAGUUUGAGCUACGCUGGCGAAAUGUUCUUAAGCUCAACGAGAUGCCCUGGCUGCGCGGGCACACGGUUCUUGAUGAGGUUCUACUCCCUGGCGCUUCGUACGUUUCUAUCGCCGUGGAAGCGGGUAGAUAUCUGGCUGCCGAUGCGGACAAGAAUUUGGGAGUUGUCGAGGUUGAGAACAUUGAGAUUCUGAGACCUGUUGUGGUACCUGACAACAACGCCGGCGUUGAGACACUGUUCACUGCUCGACUGGUUGAAAAGAGCAAGGAUGUUAUCAAGGCUCGUUUCUCGUACUAUGUCUGUCCCGAUGAGACCGUUGGAUCUAUGCUACAAACCUGUAUGGGCGACCUUAUUGUUCAUAUCAAGUCUGAAACCAUUAGCAACGGGAGCGCUCUACCACCUAGGGACCAGACUCCUCCCAAUCUUGCCAACAUCAGCAACGAGCAGGUCUACUCACUUUUCAAUAGUAUUGGUCUCAGCUACACCGGUGCUUUUAAGAGUAUCACGGACAUCAAUCGCUGUCUUAACUAUGCCAGUACCACGAGCACUUGGGAAGCUGAUACUCUCGGCGACAAGUACAUGCUCCACCCAGCCGUUCUUGACGUCGCCUUCCAGACUCUCUUUGUCGCAAAGGCUCAUCCUGCCAGUCGACAAAUUACUUCUGCCCUUCUUCCCUCCCACAUUGACCGUGUCCGUGUUGAUCCAUCGGUUCAGAUUGUUAGGCCUGGCGUAUCCAAGGCUGAGAUCGAGACAUGGGCGAUAUCGCAGACUGCUACUUCCCUUCGUGGUGACUUGAACAUCUAUGACUCUGCGUCGGGCGCAACAUUCCUGCAAGUCGAGGGUCUGGCUGUGAACAUGGUCGGAGCUGUCGAAGGUGCAAGCGAUCGAUCCAUGUUCUCCAAGACCAUCUGGGGUAACGAUGCAUCACUCGGCCUUCUUGAUCCCAAGCGCAAUGAGGCACAGGAUGAAAAGGGUAUGAAGAUGGCGGAUGCAGUUGAGCGUGUCGCCAUGUUCUAUGUUAAGCGCAUCGUCGACCAAAUCCCACCCUCUGAACGCGAAGAGUUCAUUUGGUACCACCAGCGCAUGUUCGAGGCAUUUGAAGAGCACAUUCGCGUUGUUGCAGCUGGUGAGCAUCCUAUCAUUAAAGCCGACUGGCUCAACGACGAUGUUUCUAUCCUGAAGACAAUCGAUGCCCAGUACUCAGAAGAGAUUGACAUCAAGCUGCUCCACGCCGUUGGUGGACAUCUUGCCGAAGUUGUCCGCGGCAAUGAGCAACUAUUGGAGGUCAUGACCAAGGAUGACAUGCUCAAUCGUUUCUAUAUGGAGGGUUACGCCAGUAUUACUACUAACAAAUUUGUCGGCGACAUCAUGAAGCAACUCACUUUCAAAUUCCCGCGCGCGAAGGUCCUCGAGAUCGGAGCUGGAACUGGUGGUACCUCUUGGAGUAUCCUGAACGCAAUUGACGAUGCGUACGAUUCGUACACGUACACCGACAUCUCAUCUGGUUUCUUCCCUAACGCCGCAGAGAAGUUCUCUUCCUUCUCACACAAGAUGAUCUUCAAGGUUCUUAACGUGGAAGACGAACCUUCGGGCCAGGGUUUCGAGGAUGGCUCUUACGACAUUAUUGUCGCUGCGCUGGUUUUACAUGCGACGCAUGAUUUAAAACGAACGCUGCACAACACUCGGAAGUUGUUGAAGCCAGGCGGUUAUCUUGUUCUCCUGGAACUCACUGGCAUCGCUAGCGUUCGCGCCACAUUCAUCAUGGGCGGCCUUGAGGGAUGGUGGCUUGGCGGCGACGAUGGUCGAAGACUUACGCCGCUCGUCACAACCGUGGAGUGGGACAAUGUCCUCCAGGACUCCGGGUUCUCAGGCGCCGACACAGUUGUCUACGAUCUUCCUGAUGAAGCGAAGCAUUGUACGUCUGUCAUUGUCAGCCAAGCAAUUGACGACGAAUUCCUACGUCUUCGGGAACCUUUGUCCUGCAAGUCUGACUUCCCAUCUCUUACCGAUCCUCUUGUGAUCAUUGGUGGUAAGAAGUUUUGGACAAGCAAGGUCAUUUCUGAAGUUCAAAAGCUACUUCCUCGGUCUUGGAAGCGUCAGAUCAAGCUGGUUAAGAGCAUUGACAAGAUCGAUGCAAGCAAUUUGCCAUCGCGCAUGGAUGUCAUCCUCCUACAAGACGCAGACGAGUCUGUCUUUGCGACUACCAUUGCCCAGCCUCAGCUCAACAACCUGCAAGCCAUUCUCAUGAGAUCGAAGAACAUGCUGUGGGUAACAACAUCAGGCAAGUCACAUGCUCCCCGCGCAAGUCUCAUUCAGGGCAUCACGCGUGUUAUCCCUGCUGAGCUACCCCAUCUGAACGCCCAGCUCCUCGGAAUGCCAUCAGAACAAACCCCAACUUCUGCUGCCAAUCAUACUGUUGAGGCUUUCUUGCGGUUGAUCCAGGGUGAGGAUGUGGCUAGGGAUGGCAAAAUUCUUUGGGCUCAAGAAUCUGAGCUCGAGAUCUCAGCCGAUGGCAAGACGGUCAUCCCACGAGUCAUUCCUGAUGAGACACUCAAUGAGACAUACAAUGGCUCGAAGCGGGUGAUUAGCAAGAACGUUGAUGCGACUGAAUUGGCUGUCUGCACUGAGGUUGUUGAUGGGAAAGUGGCUAUGCUUUCUGUUGACGAACAGGAUGAAGGUGAUGGUGUUCGAGUAGAUGUCCAUUCUACUCUACAUCUCCCUGGCUUCGAUGAUCAGAGCAUUUACAUCAUCUUCGGUAAGACCGACUCGUCCUGGGUGGUCGGCCUCUCGCACACCAACUGCUCUGUUCUCUACCUCAACUCGGAAAUUCUCGUUGCUGUGAAAGAAGACACUACACAUGCCCAGCUUGCUUCUAUCGCAUUCACCAUUCUUGCACGCUCAAUCGCUGUCAUCUCUUCCACCGGGUCACCUGUCCUCUUUUACAACGUCGAUGAAUCCUUCGUCCGAAUUAUCGCGUCAGAGUUUGGAACGAGACAGCUUCAAGCUCAGUUUGCUACAUCCAGAGCCGAGGCACCUACAGACUGGAUCAAGAUUCAUCCUCUUGCUUCACAACGCGCUAUACAGAGAGCAAUCCCGCAAAACACCGCUGUCUUCAUCGAUUGCUCAGCCGGCACCGCUUCUAUGGCUUUCACAUUUACAGCUUCAAUCCCAGCCAACUACCAAAUGUGUCGCCUAGGAUCUGGGCUUCUUUCUAAAGCUCUCGAGAUGUCCAAGAUGACCACAGCGACCUUCCUCGGUCAGUGCAUCGAGGCAGCUUCUAAUCAAAAAGUGCCCGAGACUGAAGUCAUCCCAGCUUCAGACAUCGCAGGUUCUAAUGCCAGUGUGCUCGGCCUUCGAACCUUCAUAACAGACUGGACCGAUAAGACCGCUCUGCCUAUCACUGUCAAGCCUCUUCAAGCGCAAACACUCUUCAAGCCAGACAGAACAUACCUGAUGGCUGGUAUGGCUGGUGGUCUGGGUCUAUCAAUCUGCGAAUGGGCUCUCAGAAAUGGUGCGAAGCACAUGGUUAUCACUAGCCGCAACCCUCAACUCCCCAAAGCCACCCUUCAGGAGGCUCAUCGCCUGGGAGCCACUGUCAAGGUGUUGCCCAUGGACCUUACCGACAAGCUAUCUGUCAAAGCUGCCGUCGCUGGAAUUGAGGAAUCUAUGCCCAAGAUCGCUGGUGUUUGUAACGCAGCCAUGGUUCUCAAGGAUGGGUUUUUCAUUGACAUGGACGCUGAGCAACUCAACAACACACUCGCAGCCAAGGUUCUGGGUACAGAACAUCUCGACAGUAUCUUCCACGAUACUGACCUUGACUUCUUUAUCUGUCUUGGCUCUGUGGCUUCAGUGAUUGGCAAUGUCGGCCAGUCAAACUAUCACGCCGCCAACCUGUUCAUGGAUAGCCUCAUCAACCAACGUCGCAACCGCGGACUCGCAGCUUCCAUCAUCCACAUUGCUUACGUUACGGAUGUGGGUUAUGUCACACGCGAGGAGCGCGAUCGCCAGCUUGACUCUCACUUCCGCAAAGUCCGUCUCAUGCCUACUUCCGAGACGGACGUGCAUCAUGCAUUUAUGGAAGCUAUCCGCGGCGGCAGGCCUGACAGUGUUUCUGGAAGCCACGAUAUCAUCAUGGGUAUUGAGCCUUUGACUGAGCCUGUUCCCCUAGAUCAGCAGCCGCUCUGGAUGAAGGACCCACGUUUCGGACACUUUGCACCUCCUUCGUCCGUUCAUUAUCAGCAAGAGAGUGGUGCAGCUGGCUCUGCUGGCAACAUCCGGCAAUGUGUUGAGGAGGCUGAUGGUGAUGAACAAGCCGUCGCAGCUGUCAUCCAAGCAUUCUGUGGCAAGCUGGAGACCAUGCUGCAACUUGCUUCUGGCAGUGUCAAUGUGUCCCGACCUAUCAUUGAUCUUGGCAUUGACUCACUUGUCGCUGUUGAGAUUAGAACCUGGUUCCUCAAAGAGCUUGGUGCCGAUAUCCCCGUCGUCAAGAUUCUUGGUGGUGACACGGUUGAGCAAGUCUCUACGCUCGCCACCAAGAAGUUGAUGGCAAGGAUCUUAGAGACCAAGGCCGCUCAGCCACAGGAAGUCAAGCCAAAGCCAGAGCCCGAGAAGGCCGCUCCUGUUCCUGUGCCUGCUAUACAAACUUCUCUAGAAUCCUCAGCUGUUCCAUCAGCAUCUUCGCAAUCUGUCGCAUCAUCUUCUCGCGCCUCGCGAGAUUCUUCGCCUUCAGCAACAUCUCGCUCCGAUACAUCUGCCACCAAGCAGGACAUGAAGUCUAGUACGAUCCUCACCGAUGACUCUUCCAGUGAUACUGGCUCUCUUGACUUAGUCCGCGAGUAUCCCAUGUCUCACGCUCAAUCUCGCAUGUGGUUCAUCACUCAACACAGUGACGACCCAUCAGCUUACAACAUGGUCUUCCGCUACCAAGUCAAGGGCCAAGUGUCCACCACUCGUCUUCGUCACGCCGUUUCCACCACGGCUCAUCACCACGAAGUCCUGCGCACUUGCUUCUUCGCGCGUGUCGGAGAUGGACACCCUAUGCAGGGUAUCCUGGCUUCUCCUCGUAUCAAGCUCAAGCAUGUCGCUAUCGAGCAGGAUGCGGAUGUUGACACCGAGAUGAAACGCCUCUCUAGUCAGUCUUGGGAUCUCGAACGGGGAGACACAUUCGAGCUUGUUCUAAUGAGUCGCGAUUCUGAGAACCAUGAGCUCUUCGUUGCUUAUCAUCAUAUUCUCAUGGACGUUGUUGGUCUCGGCAUCAUGAUUCGAGACCUCAAUGUGUCCUACCAGAUGAAGCUUCUCAAUCGCAACGCGGCUUCUUAUCUGGAUUACUCCUCCACUCAGCUCAGUAGGAACGAACUUUAUCAACGAUUGUCUUUCUGGAAAUCCGAAUUCGCGACCUUCCCUGAACCACUGCCUCUUCUUCCUAUGGCCAGCGUCACGACCCGCCCAAACAACACGAGCAACAAUUGUCAUCAUCAAUACCGCGAAAUCAGGCCUGAUCAGUUCCAGGUCCUAGCUUCAACAUGUCAACGCCUUCGUAUCAGCCAGUUCCACUUCCAUCUCGCUAUUUUUCAGGUCCUACUCGCUAGAUAUACUGGGACUGAGGACGUUUGUAUCGGUAUCGUUGAUGCCAAUCGCUCCGACCCCAAGUUUGCCGAGACGGUUGGAUACUUUGUCAACAUGCUCCCCAUUCGCGCUAGCAUCACUCAAGACGCCAACUUCUCUGAAAUCGCCCGAAGUAUCUCCCAGAAGACUCUAAAAAUCCUCAGCGAGUCAGCGCUCCCAUUCGACGUCCUUCUCAACGAGCUCCAAGUACCCAGAUCAGCUAGUAGGACACCUCUCUUCCAGGCUGCGCUCAAUUAUCGCAUGGGAUCUAUCUGGGAGAUGCCAUUUGGCGACGCCGAGAUGAAGCUGUCUGAUGUCAAGGAUGCCGACAACCCGUAUGAUCUGAGUCUUGGUAUCGCCGAGACGCCCACAGGCUGCGUGGUAGAGUUGUAUGCGUUGGCUUCUCUGUACAGUGAGGACGCUUGUGCUACAAUUCUGGAAUCAUACAUCCGUCUCCUCGAUGCGUUCUCUCAGACUCCCGAUCGUACUGUCGAUGGUGUUGGUGUGCAUGAAGAGACUCAGGUUGUUCGUGCAAUUGAACUUGGAAGUGGACCUGUGGUUGAAUAUGAAUGGGCGCCCACUCUCUCGCAGCGUUUUCGGGACAUCGUUCAGCUGUAUCCCGAUCAAUUGGCUAUCAAGGACUCUUGCAUGGAGUUGACAUACUCUAAGCUCAACGACCGCGUUCAGAAUGUUGCCAACACUCUUCUUCACGAAGGUUUCACUGAGGGUUCUUGCGUCGCUGUUCUAUGCGAGCCCUCUCUUGACUUCGUCAUCUCCAUGCUUGCCAUUCUUCACAUUGGUGGCAUCUACAUGCCAUUGGAUCCAGCUCUGAUCAUUUAUCACUCCGCUACUGAGGGUCGCGCCAACAUUCUACGGUCUGUAGGUAAUACUCAGUUCCAGGAGGUUCCCCUCGACAACAUCGAUCACGACUCAUCUGUCCACGUCGCUUGCACUGCUAAAAUAGAUGCGCCCGCCGUUCUCCUGUUUACCAGUGGCUCAACUGGUAAACCGAAGGGUAUCACUCUUUCGCAAGCUAACUUUGUCAACCAUCUCGCCCUCAAGAAUGACCUUCUUCGUCUCGAACAAGAGACUGUCCUUCAGCAAAGCUCUCUUGGCUUCGACAUGUCUCUCAUCCAGACUUUCUGCGCUCUAACCAACGGCGGCCGUCUCGUUAUCGCGCCCUCAGAUCUUCGACGAGAUCCCGUCGCACUGUCCAACCUUCUCAGCCAAGAGCAAGUGACACUGACCAUUGCCACUCCAUCCGAGUACCUCGCUUGGUUCCGAUAUGGGUAUGCUUCUCUUGUUGAGAACCAAGGAUGGAAGCAUGCUUGCAUGGGUGGGGAGCAGGUCACGCGUCAGUUGAAGAAUGAGUUUGCUCGUCUUGGUCAUGCAGGAUUGCAACUCACAAACUGCUAUGGACCAACCGAGAUUACUGCUGCAGCAACUUUCCAAACCAUUCUUUUGAGUGAUAGCGACAACAAUGAUGAUCUUGCUGUCGGCAAAGCUCUGCCCAACUAUUCUGUCCGCAUUCUUGACGCAUCUGGCCAGCCUCAGCCUCUUGGUCACAUUGGUGAGAUAUGUAUCGGCGGUGCUGGUGUCGCUAUUGGAUAUCUCGACCUUCCUGCUGAGACGAGUCGCAAGUUUGUGGCCGACUCUAACGGGCAGCGGUUUUAUCGAACUGGCGAUCGAGGUCGUCUCUUACCUAACGGUACCCUUCUUUAUCUCGGUCGUCUGGAGGGUGAUACUCAGAUCAAGCUUCGUGGUCUACGUAUUGAGCUGGAGGAGGUCGAGGCAGCUCUGGUCAAAGCAUCGGAUGGACUGUUCGCGGGUGCUGUCGUCUCUCGCCAUGGCGAUGUUCUUGUUUCUCAUGUCACUCUGGUGGCAGGCAAUGAGAUGAUCGACCAAGAGAGGGUGACUCAGAUCCUCUCCAGUGUCAAGCUCCCCCAGUACUCAAUUCCCGCGUCAAUCGCGGUGCUAUCCACGUUUCCUACCACUCCCAAUGGCAAAAUCGAUCGAAAGGCCAUCGCCGCUACCCCGGCUUCUGAAUCUUCUUCUACCAUGCCGAUGGAGAAAAUGACAGUUCGAGAGGGUGAGCUUCGUCUUCUCUGGGAACGUGUCCUUGUCACCUCUACUCGUAUUGCGCCAUCCUCCGACUUCUUCCUUCUCGGUGGCAACUCAUUGUUACUCAUGAAGCUUCAGGCCGCCAUCCGAGAGACCAUGAUGGCACCCGUCUCAACUCGUGUACUGUACCAAGCAAGCACACUUCGAGGCAUGGCUCAGGCUAUUGACAAGCUUCGUCAAGAGAGGGCUACGGGAGACAUCGAGAGUGAGAUUGACUGGGAUGCCGAGACUGCUAUUCCACAAUGGCUUGUUAGGCAACUUGACGGGGCAACAUCUUCACAAAAGGGACGAGCGCCUAAAACGAUGGGUAUUGAGAUCAUGAUGACUGGCACCACUGGCUUCCUUGGUGGACACCUACUUCAAUCGCUCCUUGCUUCUGAAGCUGUCAACAAGGUCCACUGUAUUGCUGUUCCAGCGGAUUAUGAGGCUUCUCUGCCACAUAACGAGAAGAUUAUACACUACUCUGGUAGCCUUCUAUCUCCCACAUUGGGCUUGACCUCUGAACAACGCGAAGAGCUCGCGAAGACUAUUGAUGUCAUCAUCCAUGCUGGCUCAAACGGACACUGUCUGAACACCUACGACUCUCUUCGCACUCCUAACGUCGAGUCCACCCACUUCCUAGCUUCCAUGGCCGCCACUAAACGCAUUCCUCUUCUAUUCCUUUCUUCCAACCGCGUGGUUCUUCUUUCUGGAAACCAGGCACCUCCUCCUUCAUCAGUCUCUGAGUUCUAUCCCUCGACAGAUGGUCUCGAAGGUCACAUGAUGACCCGUUGGGCCAGUGAAGCCUUUUUGGAGAAGCUGGCCCAGCAUGUUCAGAAUACUGGCUCAUAUUGGCCAGUAUCCAUCCAUCGUCCUGCUGUUGUUGUUAGCGGCCAAGCUCCCAACUCAGACGCUCUCAACGCCAUUCUGCGAUUUUCUAUCUCCAUGCGAUGCGUACCUCGACUUGAUAGGGUAGAGGGCUACAUGGAUCUCGCACCACUCGACAAGGUUGUCGCUGAGCUGUCGGAAGCAGCUAUCAAUCUUGCACAAGGCCAAUCUGGAAACGUUGCUACGAUUCAGUUCAAGCAUCAUUCUAGCGGUGUCAAGGUUUCUGCUAGCAAGCUACGGGAGCAUCUUGAGGGUUCCUACGGUGUUCAGUUUGAGGAGCUUGAGUUGAGGCAGUGGAUGGAUCGUGCGGCUGUAGCUGGCAUGGAUCCUCUCAUCACAGCUUAUAUGGAGGGCAUCCUUGAGAAUGAUGCCCCCAUGGUAUUUCCUUACAUGGGCGAAUUGGGCCAGUAA